AUGGGACAAGGGAGUUGUUCUUCCCGAGGCGGAAGCAGUUGUGCAUGUGGCCACAACUGUUCUCUCUGUAAAGCAAGGGAAGGAAGCCGCCCCUACUGCGCAAGAGGAUGGUGGUCACGACUCGGAGGACCUCUGCGUACCUCUCAGAGCGCGUCGCAGGCGGCCGAGGCCCGCUCCAGCCCUCCCCUCCGGCCAGCUGCGCAGCGCCUUGCGGCCCUCUGCUGUAGCCCCCCCGGGCUCACCGUAUCCUUUCCGAGGGCGGCUGGGGUGGCGGUGGCGGCCGGGCACCCGGCUUUAUUCGGGGCGCCAGACACUCAUGCUAGGACCCGCUGUGGCCCCAGUCUCUCUCCUGUACUGUCCAUCUCUCCGGCCGCGCGGGGCCACCAGCUGCGCCCCCUCCUUCCCCAGCAGCGCCCGGCCCAGCCCGCACCGGGCGGCAGCGGAGCCCCCGCAGCAGCGGCAGCAGCAGCCCCCGCCGCCGCGCGGGGCGCCCUCGCGCAGGUGCCGCCGGUGCCCACCGGGCCCUUUGGCUGCGCGCGGCGUUGCGAGCCGGCCCGCUUUGCCCGCCGGCCCGGCCCGCCCCGGCCCGCCCCGGCCGGCCCCGCCCCGCCCCGCCGUUGCCAUGGCCACGCGGGGCCGCCCCGGCCGCCCGCUCCUUCGCGCCCCGCUGCCUCGGGCCCGCGCACCGCCGCCGGGGCCGGGGCCGCCUGCGCCGGGGCACCGCGAGAUGGACUUACUCUAGAGACCUCUGUAAGGGUAUCAAGGAACAAAGAGAUAGACAAAAUGGAAAAUGAUGUAUUUGGGGGACCAAAAGAAGAAGUGGUUAUUGAACCAAUCCAAGCAGUAGCACGAUGGGAUAUUUCAUCUAAAAUUGAGAAAAAUAAGAAUUUGUCCAGAAGUCUUCCCAAAACUACACAAGAAAAUACAGAUGAAAAUGAAGAAGAAUCCAGGAACAUUAAUAAAGCACCUGAGAAAGAACUUUGUGCUCAAAUUCAGGCAAAUGGUAUUGGAAAUCACAAUAAUGAUGAGCUGCUGACAGAAGUAUCAGAUGGAAAUAAUGAAAUUAGCAAUGAACAAAGUGAAAAUGAAGAAGGAAAAUUUAGUGCACCAAUAGAAUUACUGGGAGAGUUCCUGAAAGCAAUUAUGAAUGGAAACUACAGCCUCGCAAAAAACCUUUGUCGGAUGAUUCUGAUCUAUGAACCAGAAAAUACUGAGGCUAAGCAGUUUUUUCCACUUCUUGAAGAAAAGUUGUUGAUGGAAAGAGCACAGAAAUUCACUGAAGGGGAGAGUGAAGAUGAUGAAGAAACCAUUGACAGAAGCAGUGAUGGCAACAAGGAGAGCACUAGCAGUUCAAAUAGCAGUGAUGAAGAGAGUGAAGGAAGUUCUGAUUCUGAUGAUCCUGAGAAAAAUUAGUUUGGAAAUUCUUCUGCAAUAUUUCAGUUGAUGAUUUUGAUUCUCCAACAGGCUUGUUAAAGUGUACUGUUUAAUCAUAAUUUCUCUCCUGAACUUCAGUAGUCCUUUUUGUGUAUGGAUUAUUUUCAAACUUAUAUCUGCAAAAUUUACCUUGUUCUACAACUUGAUAACACAUGCAAACUUGAUACAUGCGGAAGUAAUUGGUAAAAUAUUUUCCCCCUGGAGCAGGAAGUCACAUGGAAACUGUGGUGUAGAUUGUUAGCUGAGCAAAUGCAUUGUGUUUUAUGCUUGCCACAUUCAUUUUCAUCAUUUGAACGCGGAAAACUUAUCUUCCCAUAUGAUUACAUUAACUCUAUUUUGCAAAAUGAUGAUGAUUUUUGAGUGACAGAAAUGCCACCCUAAAAUGUAAACACAGCUAGCUGAAAAAAUGUGCUUGUUAUAGUUUUGGCAUUAAUGAAAUAGCUCUUAAGAAUAUUUCAGCUAAAAAUCCUUGCUUGAUGUCUUUGUAAAAAUAUGUAACUUCAGUGAAUGUCUUUUGUCCAGAUUUGGAGAAAAACCCUAUAGCACAGUUGAAUAAAUGCUGGUUGUUAAAUUCAUCAGAAAAUUUACAUAACUGGUAAGACUGUGUAACUUUUACCAGCUUAGCAUUCAGUUAUUGUGAACAUUAAUAAAGCUUACACAUUGAUAUGGCGUGAACCAUGGUAGGGGUGGUAGGUAUCACUCACCAUGGUGCAAAAAAAAAAUUAAUACUCACCUGCAGAAGUAUGAAUUCACGCUCCCAGUGAGUUUGGUCUCCAUAAAAGGAUUAUGGGAUUGAGCCUCUUAGGUAAAUUCACCACAGAAAUUUAGCUGUUUCUCUGGCCACAACUAGUCUGUCGAAAUAAUAAAAGUUUGGUUUGUAGGAGAAGUGGAUAAGAGAGAGGUAAGCCAGCCGCUUUCGUGAGAGAAGCCGAGCACCUCUCUUCUCACUUAAAUUGAAGGGAAUGAAAAUGGUCAACUCCUCUGAGGUUCUGAUUCCUGAAUUACUAAUACUAGUUUUAGUGUCCGCACCAUUCAGCUCCUAUCUCUUGCUUUUCGUUUGGAGAUUUUUUCUAAGAAAGAACCAUUUGGUCAGGUCCUAAAUGAAUUCAUCUUAAUGCUUUUAAAAAAGAUAGAGAAAAAUCAUAGACUGGGAAUCAUUCCUCCUACUUUAUAAAUCUGCUGAUUUUUCUGGACUGACAUUAAAACUUGAAAAUGAUGCAGAUACAUUCUCAAGAGGCAGAUUCCCUUUCUAGUAGUAUAUCUCAAGAAUAGAUCGGAAAUAUAAACUCAAGAUGGUUUACAUUUUGUGCUAAUAUCUUCUGCCAUUUUUAAUGCAGAUGUCUAUGCGGGAUGUCUGCCAUAUGUAUUACCUCAAAUCAGUUGGUGUCCACAUGGUGAAGAUAGGUGAACCGUGUUACAAUGCUGAAAAAAACAGAUAAUGAAUUCAGUGUUUUUUAACAUUUGGCUAUAAAUUGAGUGGCAUGCAUGUAAAAGUAUAGGCAUCUAACUGCACAGACAGUGCAACUUUCUUGCUUAAAAUGGCAAAAAAAUACCUUGAUUAAACCAUGCUAUUGCAGGAAAGGCUUGUAGCUAAUUCUUACUGUAUUUACAGUUUAUUUUUCAAAAUAGUAAGAAUUUUAUUAUACAAAAUGUUAAGUUAUACAAGGUUGCAGAAUUGGACUGACUUUAAUCACAUUCAGUAAAGUCUACUAAUGAAAACCAAACAUAACUAACAUGUUCUGGGAUAGAUAGAAGAAAAGUUACAGUGAACAUUUUAUUAAAUACUUGAGUACGUUAAAGUUCAGUAUUGCUUUUCACUACAAAAAUUCUAAGGCCCGAUAUUAAUGUUUGAAACUAUAUAUUAGCAGUUUUGUGCUAUAAUUUUAAGCAUAUUACUUCCUUUUACUGCACUUUUAAAAAACAAACAGUGUAUACCAGUUAUACGUCUAAAUGUUAUUGAAUAGAUGCCUUGCUUUUUCAUUUUCAUGUGAAAAACAAAUGGUCAAACAAUUAUGUGUCCAUCUAAGUCCAUACAAAUCUUAGAGAAAUAAUUGGUUAAUUUAUUCAUGCUUAGAUAGAUGUACUAUAUAAAAUAAUUUCUAUUGGUUUCUUAGAUAUGAGUCGUUUACACUAUUGCCUUUAGCUACUCUGUGUUGUGUUAUUUUUCUUUCAGUACUUCCUAAUGAAGGUCCGUUUGGGUGAUUAAGACAGAGAAGAUGGCUAUCAAAUGCUUGUGACUCUUAUAGGGCUUAGUUUUCCAGUGUCUUUCUUUGUUUAACCCCAGCAGCAUAAAGGACAUGAAACCCCAGAAUGAAAUCUUUGGGAGAAUUUAUUUUCCUUAAAGAGAUCUUCCUGUGUUGUAAAGGUGCCUUCCAGUUCUCCAAUACUUUGUCUUGGUACAAGGUACAGAGUGCAAUGGAGAGGGCAUCUCUAUAUCUUAGUGGCCUCUAAAGGUCGCUUCUGGAGUCCCUCUCUUCAGUAGCAUAUUCGUGUUCUUAAUGUUUCUUCUCUAGAUUUACCAUAAAGAAUAAGAGAAGAAUAAUUGUUCUUUUUUUUUAAUUGCUUCUAAAAUGUAUGUGUCAUCUGCUUUUACAGUCCCAUACUCAAGAAAAGGCGAGAUGUAUGUCAAAGUAGUCAGAAGGUGUCAGUCUGGUAAUGGGGAAUGCUUAAGUUGCUCUUGAAGUUGGAAUCAUUGCCACAGCUACUCUGUCACCUUCCUACAGGGCCCAUAAAUGAGACCAGGAAAAGUUCACCUACUUUUGUUGAGGAACUGGUCAGAAAAGGGGGAGCAAACACAAAAGGACUGAUGUGGAGGGUCUCCAAAAGGCUCGGAAGCUUUACUUAAACUAAUUCUGUCUGGAUGAUCAAAUUUAGGGACCUGUAGGGACAAUCGACCUAGUGACCCAGAAAAUGAUAGAGAUUCAAGUAACUAAAACUGCACAUAAAUGCAAACCCUAGUAAAAGGAUUUGUACUCCUUGAACUGAAAACCUCGAAGGCUUUUUAUGAUGCUUCUCAGGGCUGUUCAUAGCUUCCCAAGUCUCAGAAAAGUCAGACUUUUUAAAAUCAGUUUGACUUUAACUACAUUUUUAAGAAAAUGAAGUGUUUAGAUAAAUAUCUUUAUUAUACUUACAUAACAAAGACAAGUUAUUUUUAAAGUUUAUAUCUAUAACUUUUAGAAGUUAGGUAUAUAACUGACUAUAAAACACAAAGCUAGUUUUCACUCUGAAUGUGAUUUAUGUUUUUGUAAAUCUUGUUAGUAAGUACUUGCUUCUCCAUCUUUUGAGUGGUUGGCAUUAGUCAAAUAAUUUCCAAAAGAUCUUUGCAUUUUCUGUGUUCUUUUUUGACUAAAAUUUACAUUUUCAAAUCGUGGCUUUUGUCUAAAAUGCAUUUUAAAACAAUGGAUCAAUCUGCUGCUACUUGAACAGGCGUUACUUAAAGCUCUUGAUAGUUACCCUUCAUUCACCUAGAUCCUAUGUUAAAUAUGCCUUGAAGAUCCUAUUCACUUAUUGAUAGGUACAGUGAUUUUUUUUAACGAGUUAAAAACCAGUAACCAGAGUUUAGUAGUACCAAUCUUUUUUCCUGCAGAUUACAAACUGUUGCAAUGCUUUAUAUAGCCUAUCUUUGGCAAGCAGUGGGCAUGUUAAUAUUGGAAGGCAUUGGGGGCAAAUUCAUACCAAUACGCGUGCCAAAUUCCAGGUCUAACUUGUCAGAUAUCGGAAGGGGAAGUUCUGGACCCUUUUUAUGUCCUAGAAAACCUACUUGUUGGUCAUUUUGCAGUCUUUAGAUCGCUAGAGCCUUUGUACAGAAUUUCUGUGAAGGAAGUGAUCAGUGAAUCAACGUCUCUAAUUUCAAGCUUUUCUGUGUGACUUGAAUAGCACUAACUCCAGUCUCUCUCAGAUGUUUCAAAAUUUUUGCUAGCUCACCUUACCUUCAAUUUUGUUUAGUUUCAUUUCAGACUUCUGUUUAAAGAUAUUAUUAAUCUGUGAAGAGAAGAGAUAAUUUAUAUGACUGAUAGGAGAAUGCAGAGGAAUGAAGUCCCAGGUUGGUGUUCUGUCCUCGUAGGCAGGCGAGAGUGAAGCUAGCCAUGUUAUCUGCCCUGCAGAGAACUCGGCUGUCAGAGUUAUCAGAGCACUAUCCAUUGUAAACUCCCGAAUCCCUUCCCAGACAUUUCCUUUAAACCCUUGUAAGCAUUAAGUCUCCCUUAAGAUAGAUUACCCUUAAGUGGGUAUUGACUGUAAUGAGGUAAGUUAUUCAUUGUUCAAAGCAGUGCUGCUCUUAUCUGAUGUGCAUAAGCUUUAAAACUUUGUUCUGGCUCAGUAUGAAUUGUUGAAGAUGGCAAGACUAAAUUAUGUCUCUUGUUCUAGUGCUGAGUAGCUAACAUCCAGCCAGAUGACAUGAUUCUUCUCUUUCAUGUUCGUCUCCUUCCAGUGCAGCUACCAAAGUGCCAAUAAGAGGAAUCGACAGCUUUAGGUAAAUGAGAGUUUGCAGAGGUUUUGAAGGGCCAGAGUAGGGGGUGGGAAUCUAUUACAUGAAUAGAUGUGAAUACGUGUCAGUAACAUGUGCAACACUGAUAAUCUGAUUUUCUCUUUCGGACUUGAUAUUUUUGGUUUGAAUCACUUCUUUCUCUUGAUUUGGGAGAAAUUGUUCUUCCCAAAAACUACUCCUCAGUGCUGUUGUAUGAUCUUCCAUACUAAAUGCUGAAAAGAGAAGCAUGUGUAACAGCUGAUGGCUUUGCUUAAAGCCCAUGCUCUCCUCCUCCCUCAAAAUAGAAUGAUUCUGUUGUGGUGCGAAUGCUAACAUGAGAUCCCUUCAGGUUAGGGGAUAAUGAAUUGUUCAUUCAAGUAGAGAGAAGAAAGUUUUUUCUUACCUGCACAUCAGUUUUCUCUGGUGGAAAAUUUAGUAUCUAACAUGACUGCUCAGAGUACAGUGUUCUGAUUGCCUUUUUUUUUUUUUUUUACCUGCUCAUAUUGUCCUCGUUCCAAAAUGUGUUUCUAUGCUGUGUUUUCACUUUUGUUGUAAAUGUUAAUUAAGUAUUGUGUUCUUCUGAAACCACUUUCAUUUCAAUCAGGUGCAUUUAAUCUUCCUUUUGAAAGAGUAUUUUAUUCAGAUUUCUGUAAUAUUGUGGCUAAAAAAAUACCAGAAGGAUCAAGCUUUUCAGGUAUGAUGUUGCAAAAGGCCUAUUAUUGCACUAGCUACUGAUUACUAUUUGGGGUAAACUGCCAAAACCAUGAAGCUAAAACCUGACUUGACUAUCACAGGAGAAAAAGGGGGUGGGGGGGGCAAUGAUCCUGAAAACUUUUGAGAUUAGUUUAGGAAAGCCCAUACCAGAUAAGAGUGCAGUUAUGAUUUGAGAAGUGGUUUUUUUUUCUUUUAAGUAGCAGGAAGACAUGUUCCCAUCUCCUGAAGAUUCUUUAUGAAAUAUGCCCAGAUUCCAGCUCUCCAAAUUCAUUCUGGGAUUGAUGAGCUGAGCUGCAUUAUCUCUUGCAGCAACGUUACUGAAAUUACUGAAUGUUAUAAAUAUAAACUGAUGCCCUGCUAUGGGAUAAAAAGACAUAGUUCAGUGAGACAUGUAACAAUUAUAACAAGAUAUCACAAGGAGAAAAUCCAGGCAUUAGCUCUAAUGGCUCUACAGGGUUAAAGGGAGAGACUGGGAAUAACAUUUAUUUCAAUCACAAGAUAAACAGUUACUAUUUCCUAAAACUGGCAGAGAGCAGACUUACUGAGUAUGCUAUCAUUUCUGUUAUAAUUUUUCAUGCUACAAUCACAAUUCCACAACUUAAAUAAUUGUAUUUUAUUUAUGUGAUCCAUCUAGAUAAAUAAGAUUUUCUGUUGGUUUUUA